AUGAUUGUGAUUGAGAAUAUGGGGCCCAGUUCCCCUGCCAGGCGUAGAAGAAGAUGGUUGAAGGGGCUACAGUGGGCUGUCCUGUUAGGGCUGAUGAUCUUCAUCUAUGGCUCUCAUGCACCUCUGAUUGCCCUCACCAAAGUGGAUGGUCAGGUCCCUUUCAGCCCAUCUUCAUGUGUUGUCAUGAUAGAGCUGGCUAAACUCCUGUUCUCUCUGGUCACCCUCCUCUUGGCUGGGAACAUGUCUUCCUUGUGUGUUGCUCCGUCCCUGGUCCUUGUGGCCCCCUAUGCAGUACCUGCUGUCCUCUAUGCCCUCAACAAUAAUCUAGUGGUUCUCAUGCAGGCUUACAUGGAUCCCAGCUCAUACCAAGUGCUCAGCAACCUAAAAAUUGCCUCCACUGCCUUGCUCUACUCUUUAUGCCUGGGCAAGAGGCUGGUGCCCACUCAGUGGUUAGCCCUGUGGCUUCUCACAGGGGCUGGGGUGUGCCACAGCUAUAGCAUCCUGGAUCUCAGUGACCCUGAGCAGGCUGAGGCAAGUCCCAGGCUUCAUAUCACAGCAUGGGGUCUUUUUCUGGUGCUUGUGUACUGCUUUGUUUCAGGGCUGGCAGCUGUCUACACAGAGAGGGUGCUAAAGAGUCAGAGGCUGCCCCUCAGCUUACAGAACCUUUACCUAUAUCUGUUUGGAGUUGCCAUUAACGGGAUCUCCUAUCUCUCCAGUGUAGCGGAUGACCAAAGUUUCCUGGAGGGAUACUCAGGAGCUGUGUGGGCAGUCAUAGCAGGGCAGGCAGUUAAUGGACUGCUGAUGUCUGUGGUGCUAAAGCAUGGCAGUGGCAUCAUCCGACUGUUUGUCAUAUCCUGUUCUAUAGUGGUCAAUGCCCUAUUGUCCUGGACAAUCCUAGGGCUGCAGCUCACCCCUUUCUUCCUCCUGCCUGUCUCUAUGAUUGGUCUGGCAGCUUACUUGUAUUACAGGUAGGGGAGUCUCCACCAACAACCCUCAUAGGUUGGAAUGAGGUUUGUGUGUUUUCACUUCCCGUCUGAAAUGUGUUUGUUUUUUGUUUGGUUUUUUGGGGUUCUUGUUUGUUCGCCCGAUUUCAAAUGUUCUAGUUUGUUGAAAAGGAUUUUCCAUUGUCAGACUGCACAAAUAAUUGCAGAUUUGCUCACUCAUCUUAAUUUAUUUGCAACCACAUAGCUUUUUAAAUGUACUGUCUAUCAGUUGCCUUAUUUAUCCCAUGCAUUACAUUUUAUCUGUCUUCUGUUACAGGUGAAUUCAAAUUUAAGGUGCAAGUAAAAAAAAUCUGUAUGGCAACACACUUAAGAGUGAUGCUUUUUUCGGUGUUGAGAUAUUAUGUAUCACAAUCUUUACCAAGCUGAAUGUCAGCAAUAAGUGUUUUAUUCAAGUGUUAGUAAUUAAUCAAUAAAUGAC